AUAUCUAUGAAGACGACAAUUUCUUCUUCUCCAACGCAUCGGGACCAAGCUCACAACUUCCUCAUCCAAUCCAGAACCAAAACCCCCGCACUUUCUACUCUUCUUCUUCUUCUUCGUCUUCAUCCGUCCAUGCAUGGCCAUCACAACCAUUUGUUCUUCACCUCCAACUCUCAAAACCAUUCAUCCUCUUCUGUCUCCUCCGCCCUCUUCUUCUUCUAACGUCAAGUUCAACGUCAACUUAGUCUCCAACUCCAAUGAAGCCCUCUCCAUCAUUGCCUCAGCAACCGAAGCAAUGGCCUUAGCAAGUGCAGCAAUGCAUGCAGCCCGAGAGGCCGUGGCAUUGGCUCGCGGGGUCGAAGAGGUUGAGACUUUUGAGGGAGAGACUGAGACUGAGACUGUGAGUGUGAGUGUGGUGAGAGUGAGGAGGAAGAGUAGGAGAAAGAAGAAGACUAAAGAGUAUGAAUUUUUUGAUAAAGGGUUUAGCGGUGAAGAUGAGUUUGUGAAGAAUAAGAAGUCUUGGUACUUGAGCCGAAAAGAGGAGGCUGAGAUUUGUCUCAAUCUCAAGGAGGGUGCCAGGCUAGAAGAAGCAAGAACAAAAAUGGCAGAAUCUCUGGAUCACAAGUCAAUUUCAAAGGAAUUAGCGAAGGCCACAGGGAAGAAAAGGAGGCAAGUAGAUAAGAUUUUGUGUAAAGAGAGAGAGUCACAAGAAAGGAUCACUCGAAGCUACCGGAGACUUGUAGCCUCCAUUGCCGCUGGUUAUCAAGGCAAAGGAUUAAGCCUCCAAGACCUCAUUCAGGAAGGAAGCAUUGGACUUCUCCGUGGCGCAAAGAGAUUUGAUCCAGAGAGAGGAAACAAACUAUCAACUUAUGUUUACUGGUGGAUUAAACAAGCCAUGAUUAGAGCCAUAGCAAACAAGUCGAGAAUGAUCAGAUUGCCGGGAAGCAUGUGUGAGAUGGUGGCAAAAAUUGCAGAAGCUAAUAGUGUCUUGACUAGAAGGUUAAGGCGGUUACCUACCCAUAGCGAGAUUGCUGAAAUGCUUGAAAUCAGUGUUUCAACUGUGAGGCUUGCUUUCGAGAGGAUCAGGUACCCAAUUUCGUUAGAUCGAGCUGUAACUGACCGCGGCUGCAUGACACUCCAGGAUAUCAUGCCAGGGCCAGAUGAGACAAUGCCAGAAAAGAUGGUAGAAAAGCAGCUAAUGAAGCAAGAAUUGGAUGAUCUUCUCAAAACACUGACCGAAAGGGAAGAACAAAUAUUGAGAUUAUAUUACGGACUAAAUGGAGACACCCCUCUGUCCUGUGAGCAAAUAGGAAAAGUUUUGAAGCUUUCGAGGGAGAGAGUUCGACAGAUUAGUGGCAUUGCAUUAACAAAAUUACAACAGACAGAUAACCUGAACAAUCUGAAAGUGUACAUUGUAUAGAUAUUUUUUCAUUGAUGAACAUAUCGAAGUUAGGAUUGAAUAAAAAUACAGCGCAGAGGUUUCUUCAUGUUCCUGGCAUUUAUCCUUGAAACAACCAUCCAAUCUGGACCAAGAAAUAGCAAUGUUUUCUCUGCUAAACAAUGUGAUAAUUUCCCAUCUCAGAUCAAAUGAAAACAAACAAGCUAUUUCUUGGUACCAGAGUAUGGUAUACAAAUAUACAAUUCAUCAUGCACUGGCAAGUAGUCCUCAGAAAUAUGUCUGCAGUAAAGUAAUAGCAGUAAUGCUACAUUUAGAAAGGUCUUGCUUUGAUGUGUGUAUCAGAAUAAUUCACAUUGCAUACUGUAAUUUCCUUUUGGUUUCCUACCACUAGGACUAAUGGAGCCAAAAAGAUGCUG